AUGCUUAGAAGGUCUGUUCAUAAACGAUUGUUGGCAACAUCAGCCGACGCUUCAGCCAAGCAACAACAACAACAACAAUAUAAUGUUUUUGAUAGAUCAGCGAAGUUACUACAACGUUCCAAAACUCCAAAAUUGAAUAUAGAGUUAUCUCGAAAAAAGGAGUAUUUAAGGGAUGAAGUUGCCAGAAAGACUAUUGAGAGAUUGGCAUUCAUAACUAGACCAUUUACAAGAGUAUUGGAUUUUGGAUCACAUGGUGGUAAUCUUUUGAAGAAUUUGUGCUCACCUGAUGAAGAGAUACCUCAAGAACUGACUACAGACAAAGCAGUAGUUGAAAUGGCGAAGCAAUUGAUAAAGGAUAAGGAAACUGUUAGAUCAAAGAUAGAGGAAUUAGUCAUGUUUGAUUCCAGUAAAGAAUUACUUAAUAGAGAUAUUGCUGAGCCAUACAAUAACGUAUUUAAAGGUGUUGUAAGAAGAUAUGUUGGGGACGAAGAAGCAUUCAGCCACCCAUGUCUAGAAGAAUCGAACCAAUAUGAUGCAGUGAUAUCGAACUUAAGUUUGCAUUGGAUCAAUGAUCUUCCAGGGGCCUUAGCUAAUAUCAAUCGUGUUUUGAAACCAGACGGAUUGUUUAUGGCUACCCUUUUUGGGGGAGACACUCUUUAUGAAUUAAGAACGUCGUUACAAUUGGCUGAGCUUGAAAGACGAGGUGGUAUGUCACCUAGAGUAUCACCAUUAGUCCGGUUGAACGAUGUAGGAUCUCUUUUGAACCGUGCAGGAUUUUCUAUGUUGACUAUUGAUGCGGAAGAUAUUGUUGUUGGUGGUUUUCCUGAUAUUGUUGCCAUAUGUGAAGAUUUGCAAGCCAUGGGAGAACAAAACGCUAUUUUAUCAAGAUCUAAUUAUUUGCCUAGAGAUGUGUUAUUAGCUGCCAACGAGAUUUAUAAGACUUUGCAUGGGGAAAAGAAUGGAAAUGAAAUAACAUUACCUGCAACCUUUAAUGUUAUAUUUAUGAUUGGAUGGAAAAAGAGUGCUGAUCAACCCCAACCAUUAGCGAGAGGAACAGGUCAAGUCAGCUUGAAGGACGUUUUGUAA